GAGGGGGGAAGCGGCUUCCCGCUCGCGUUCUGAGGCGGGCUAGAGGCAGAGCAGAGCAGGGCGAAGGCCAGGCUGGAGCGGAGUCGAAGUCCCGCUUUUCUCCGGCACCUCGAGGACUUUUGCGCGCGGGCGUGUUCUGUGUGGGCCGCUUUUGCACAGUUCUCAGUACCCGCCGCUCCCUCCCCUAACGUUCCGCGCUCGUGGGUGGAGGAAACUGCAAAACCCGUGAGCCACCGCCGCUUGCGAGAAUCGCUCUUGACCUUCGCUUCCCGCGGGAAGGAGAGGCUGCUUGCCCCGGUCGCAUCGCGGGGGAUGGUGCUGCUGGGCUCCGGGCCAACGGCUGCUCGUCACCUACACCGGAGAGGAGGCGUUCGCGGGGAGAAGAGGCGAGCCGAGCGGCGCAGAGCGCUCCCGGCAUCGGUCUACAGUACGCUAAAACAGCCGGAAGGGAGCCCCCUGGAGCGGCGGGAAGCAACCGGCGUGCGGGACCUCGAAGAGCGAGCUAGUCGGGGCGCGGAGGGAGAAAUUUGGCUCUCAGCGUAGCGAUUAGCACGCCGGGGGUCCCUUGCAAGAGAUCAGUCUGAGCAGCUCCGGGCGUGGAAGGCAGGGCGGGAGGCGGUGCGGCUGCCUCUCCAGGACCAGGCUGAAAUCCACGCGCAGAACUUGCUGAGCAUUCAUUGGCUGCGAAGGGGCGGCCUCGCUCUGCCGGGGGAUCUCGCUCUCGUCCUAACUCAGUUGAUUAACUGACUGGAUCGCUUCAAGAUCCCUCCGUCUUUCAGCACAAGACCAUCCCUGUUGAGAGCCGGAGAAAAGUCCCGGGGCUUUCAAGACCAGCACUAGUGCUUCGCCCAACCUCCAAAAUCUCAAGUUAGGAUUGAACAACAAAAGGGGAUCCAUGCUUAGCAGAUAGACCAGACAACCAUAAUUCAUACGAAGAGUCAGCUGCAUUUCAACAAACGACAUGAAUGAGUUCUGAUAGAUAGAAAACUGAGGAAGGUGUCCAUGGAUGUGAGCCAUAUAGAAGAAAUUCUUCUCCUAUAUGCCCAACAAACAAACCUCAGAAAGUGAGACCCUCUGCACCUAAUGCCCAGAAUGGUUCCUCCCCCUCCUAUUAACAAGUCCCAUGUCUGCCUAUCCACUACACUCAUCAUGAGCAGCAUGGUGCUGAUGGAUGCUUAUCUGGUGGAACAGAACCAGGGUUCUAGGAAAUUGGCUAUUUGCAUCAUGGUCUCAGUUGGAGACAUCUGCUUCCUGGUGGUGCUCAGGUAUGUUGCUGUUUGGGUUGGGGCUGAAGUGAGGACUGCUAAGCGAGGCUAUGCCAUGAUCCUUUGGUUCCUGUAUGUCUUUGUGCUGGAAAUCAAAGUCUACUUCGUUUAUCAGAACUAUAAGGCUGACAGGAAAAGUUUGGACCUCAUAGCCCGCAAAGCAUUGACCCUUCUACUGUCAAUCUGCAUCCCAGCCCUCUAUGUGCUUUUGGUGGCUACAGAGCAUAUGGAGUACGUCAGGACGUUCAAGAAAAAAGAGGAUCUUCGCAAUCGUCUCUUCUGGGUCAUUGUCGAUAUGCUGGAUGUGCUGGACAUUCAGGCCAAUCUCUGGGAGCCUCAGAAGAAAGGGUUACCCAUCUGGGCUGAAGGUCUGAUGUUCUUCUACUGCUAUAUCCUCCUCUUGAUUCUGCCUUGUGUGUCGCUGUGUGAAAUUAGUAUGCAAGGAAUCAGCAUUGUGCCGCACCGCAUGAUGCUGUACCCAAUUCUGAGCAUGCUUACAAUCAAUAUCACCACCAUCUUCAUCAGGGGAAGCAAUAUGAUAUUCUUCCGGGACAUUCGUGUCUCUGGUAUCUUCAUGGGGAAGAACGUGCUGGCUAUUGUUCUUAAGGUCUGCAUGUUUGUGCAGUACAAGAAACAUUUGUAUCACACAGCAGCAGGACAUGGCACAGUAGACCCACAACAUAAUCUUUCUUCCCAACCACAGCCUGUCAUGCAUCUACUAAAGCCCCAGAAUCAGAUUCCCUGCCCUGAGGAAUUGGCCCAGGAAAAUACAUGACAUGCAGCGCAUCCACAUGCCAUGUGGCAAGGAACAUCUUAUGUCUAUGAUCAUUAAGAUCAAAAGCAAAGAGGAACCAAAUGUAUCAGGCCCCACCAAGCUAGUGCUGGUCCAUCUUGAAAGUUUAUCAGUGAGUGCUCCCUCCCCUUCCUUUCUUACACAGAUGUACUGCUAACAGUGACCUCAAUUGAAAUAAGGUCAUUUCAGGAAUGAUCCAGAACAAAACCCAGCCCUACUGCCAAGGAGCAAGCUAGCAAGCCGUAGAAACUGAUGGGCAGAUCUUUGGGAAAGUAUGAGCCACUGAAUCAAUAAUCUGCCAGUGGACAGGAGUCAGCAGCAAGUGAUUAAUUCCCUCCUGUGCCUUUCCUGUAGUCAAUCAUUCUGUAAUGAAAGCUGUUUGGGCAUAUGGCCAACUCUGUUGCAUAGAAUACAUCUGUGAAUAUGAGGAAAGCAUCUUUUCACCUACUGGGCACAUACAUUUGAAAUGUGACCUUCGUUUCUGGGAUGGUUGAAAGACUCUGCAUCUGUGCCUGCCUGCCUAUUUAAUUUUCUGGGAGUGGGAUGCCCAGGUUUGUAGUGGUUCCAGGGCCAUGUUCUCUUUCCUGUGGAAACAUGCUGGCUUGUGAUCCUUUUCCCGUGCUUCUUUUUCAUGGAUAUUUUUCUCUUUCAAUAAAAUGAAGACCAAGCUUG